AGCCCGCCGCCCACCUCCCGCCGCCAUCGCACGACAACGACAACCGACUGCUCGAUCCCCGCAGCGCACAGCAUCCAGCGGAGCAGAGCUGCCUCCUGCAGCGGUUCUCAGCCUGGUGCUGACGUACUCCGCGUCAUGGACGACUCGAGCGCGGUGGCCCAGGCCGCCGACAACAACCACGGCACCCACGGCACCCAUGUCAUCAACGGCAUCAACGGCGCCGCCAAGUCGUCCUUGAAUGGCCGCGCCCUGCGUCCCCGGCGGACGGCGAGACCCCGCGGGCCCGGGAUGCUCGCCCGCACCCUCAGCAUCGCAGCUAGACUGCUCACCUGGUACACCAUCCUGACCAUCCUCCUCCGGUGCCCCGGCUCGCUCGACGCCUGCGACGACGCGAGCCCCCGCAUUUGCAAGCCCUACUUGCAGCUGAAACGCGCCGUCGCCCCGCACGUCGAGCCCUACUACGACGCGUACGCGGCGCCCUACGUCGACCUGGUGCGACCCUACUACCACGCCGUCGACCAGCGCAUCCUCACGCCCGGCUGGAACUACGCGAAGCAGCACGGCGGCCCGCGCCUGCAGCAGGUCCAGGCCCUCGGCCGCGCCCAGUGGGACCGGUCCGUGCAGCCGCAGGUCGACAAGUACCGCGGCCUCGCCCGCGCCCGCUACGACGAGCGCCUCGCCCCGCACAUCCGCCGCGUCUCGGCCGCCGCUGGCCCCUACUACGACAUCGCGCGGACCAACGCGCUGCAGACCUACCACGAGCUGCUGCUGCCCGCGUACCGCUACGCCCAGCCACGCCUGCGGGACGGCUACCGCGCCGCCGCCGCCUUCACGGGCCGCACCGUCGUGCCCGCGUUCGCCUGGACCUGGAACAAGACCUACGCCUUCCUCGACGGCACCGUCGGCCCGCGCCUGCGCGCCAUCUACACCGAGAACGUCGAGCCCCAGCUCGUCAAGAUUAGCAAGCGGCUCGGCCGCCACAACACCGGCAAGAAGUCGGUCCCGAAGCCGCCGCCGCCGCCAUCGACGGACGCCGCGCCCAGCGUGUCGACGGAGACCGCGUCCUCCUUCGCCAAGCCGGCGGUGUCGGUCUCCGCCACGUCGGCUGCGUCGUCGGCCACCCCGCCUCCCGCCGCGGCCGCCAGCGAAAAGAGCAGCAGCGCGACGGCCCAUGCCGGCCGGACGCGCGCCACCAUGGAGCCCGUGCCGCCGCCCGAGGCCGACGAGCUCGAGCAGGAGAGUGAGGUGCGCCGCAGCGCGCGCGAGACCGUCGCCGCCGACCUCCGGGACUGGCAGGAGCGCUACGCCAAGGCCGCCGACGAGGGUGCCGCCGAGAUCGACCAGCGCGUGCACGAGAUCGCCAAGCGCAUGCUGCGGCGCGACGCGCGCGUUACGGGCCAGGCGCUGCUCGAGCAGCUGCAGGUUGAGUCCAUCUCGCAGCUCGUGACGCUCCGCCGCGCCAUCCUGGACGUCAUCGGGACCGUCAACCGCGGCGCCGCGUCCCGCGACGACGCCCAGGAGCAGAUUGUCCUGCUGGUGCGCCGCACCGGCCUGGCCGUCAAGGAGAAGGCGCAGGCCGUGCGCACGUGGCGCGAGCGCUACGAGGCCGAGUUGCGCACCGCCAUCACCAAGGCCGCCGAGACGCACUUCGCCAUCCUCGAGAACAUCCGCGACCUCGCGCUGCAGCGCAUCGGCAUGAAGUGGGCCUGGAUGGACGGCGUCACCUACAAGGACUGGGCCAAGUACCACCUGCUCAAGAGCCGCUUCGACGAGUGGAAGGCCGACCUCGAGACCCACAUCGUCACCCACCCGACCCUCGAGGCCGCCCAGCUCGCCGCCGCCGACAUUGAGGACUCCGCCAUGAAGGCGGCCGCCUCGACCGCCAAGGAGCUCGCCCGCCUGAAGCAGGUCGCCGCCUGGAAGCUGGCCGCCGGCGACGCCUCCCCGGAGUUCGACAGCACGCUGAUGCAGCAGGCUGCCGAGGCCGCCGAGGCUGCGAGGCAGGCAGUCGAAGGCGCUGCCGAGGCAGUCGAGCAGGCCGUCGAAGGCGCUGCCGAGGCGGUUGAGCAGGCGGUCGAGGGCGCUGCCGAGGCGGUCGAACAGACGGCCGGCGGAGCGACGGACGCGGCCGCGGACGGCAUCGCACACGGCGCCAGCCUGGCCUCAGAAGCAGCCAGUUUCGCCUCGGAGGCGGUUGAGGGCGGCGCCAGCCUCGCCUCGGAGGCUGUGAGCAGGGCCACCGAUGUGAUGCUUGGCGCUAGCGAGCAGUCGGCUCCACUCGACCCGGAGAGCCCCCCCGCCCCGGAGAGCCCGGCCGCCCCGUCCGAGUCCGCUGCCGAGCCCUCCGUGGACCACGAGGACGUGCAGACGAGCGCGAGCGACGACGCUGCAAGCCCCGAGACCACCAGCGAGCCCGAACUCGAGACUGACCCCGCGGGGGCUGAUGAGCCGUCCAGCGUCGCCGAGCCUACCUCUGAUGCAAACCCCAACGUCGCUUCCAGCAUGAUAUUCGAGACCCCUGUAACGGUCGGCAACGUCACGGAACAGACCGAUGACGAGACUGGCGACCAGGCCGGCCCGGUCGAGCUGCCCGUGGAGGACACCCAGGCUGUGGAAGACCGGGAGGACACCCAGGCUGCGGAAGACCGGGAAGAAGACGACAUCAAGGAGAGUGCCGGCCAGGCAUCCACGACCACCUCCGUGAAGCCGGCGCUGUUUGGCGCCGCCGCGCAGUCCGUCCCCAGCCGCCAGCCGAUCCUCGACGACGACGUCGCCGACGCCAUGGAGUCGAUGCAGGAGCACCUCAAGUCUGUCUACUCGGCAGCCAUGUCGCGCGCAAACGACCAGUAUUCUCGUGCGCUCUCCGUCGUGUCGGCGCAGAUCCGCGGCACGCCGAACCCCGUGCACGAGCAGCUGCUCGCGUCCGUCACGGUCGCCUACAGCCAGGCCAUGGCCUCGGCCAGCUCCCGGCUCGACCACGCGCUCCGGGUCGCCUCCGAGCAGCUGCACGGCACGAAAACGACGACGACGACGACGACGCACAUCCUGCCGACGGCCGAGCCCGCCGUGUCCGAGCAGCUGGCCCGGCAGUACGCGGCCGCGAGCAGCAUCGUGUCGGAGCUGCUCGUCGGCAGGGAGCCGUCAUUCUCCGAGAGCGUCGUCUCGCGGCUGAGCGCAGCGUUCGCGGCCGGCACGUCGGCGGCGAGCCAGGCCGGCGAGGCGGUCAAGAGCGUCGGCGACAGGGUGGCCAGCGCCGCCAGCAGUGCUACCGCGGCGACCAAGGACGAGCUGUGAGGGCAGGCAUGCCGGCAUGCUGACGAUAAUGAACGGUGGAUCGGACGGGUGGACGGAGAUACACAACGGAGGACGGACGGCGGCAGCAAAAUUGCAUUUGGGAUUCUCUCUCCUUUGUUGUAUCACUACUAUAUAUACCCUCUCUUAGGCGGUUCUGU